AUGGGUAUGACUUGUGACCCACGGUACAUAGUACGAGGCCAGAAUCUGAAAGAUGACAAAUUUACCCUUGAGAAAGGGUACAGCCACUUCCGGCCAAACCUGCAGAACGUGGACCCCAAUGCCGAGGGGUUGACGUUUUCCGUGGCUGACUUCCGGCCACGGCCCCAGGCGCUCAGGGGUGGCUCGGUUGCACCAACGUCCCCGUCUCUUCCAGAGAUCACCGGAAGCACAGGCGUGUGGGACGGAGGAGGAUCCGGACCCCGGGAGACUCGGCGCCCGGUGACCACGGAGACCGACGGCCACGGGUCCUGGGACGGAAAAGUCUGCCUUUGCCCCAACGGCUUCACGGGGAACCUCUGCCAGGACAGAGUUCCCGUGGUCAUCUGCCAGAACGGAGGCAUGUGGGAUGGGCUCAAAUGCCAGUGCCCCAGCCUCUUCUACGGGCCAAGGUGUGAGGACGUGGUGGACAGCAUUGAGAUAGAGCAAACGGUCUCUGCAUCCGUGGAAGUGACCGUGACGGUAACCAGCAAAAACUACAGCGAACAGCUACAGGACCGACAAUCCGACGAAUUCAAGGAGUUCAAUGAGACAUUUACAAAACAGAUGGCAAUAAUUUAUGCCGGAAUCCCUGAGUAUGACGGGGUUUUCAUCAGAGAGCUGAGGAAGGGCAGUAUCGUGGUGGAUUAUGACGUCAUCCUGAAGGCCCCGUACACUGAAGGAUACGAAAAUGCGCUACAGAACAUCAGCUCUAAUGUGAGGGAAAAAAUCCAGAAUGCGACCGCACAACAAGUACUUGUUGAUAAAAACUGUAAUUUUUUGCUGUGUUUCAACUCAACUGCCACCAGUGUGCAAAACAUUUCCGUCACUGAAACUCCUGAAGAGGCAUGCCAGAGGGAGGCUGGAGAGGACUUUGCGAAGUAUGUCACCUUGGAGUACAAGAACGAUAAGCUGCACUGUAUCACGCCCUGCUCAUCGGGCUACAAAGCCUCCUUGGACUGCCACUACGGCAAGUGCCAGCUGCAGCGAAGUGGCCCCCAGUGCCUCUGCCUGACCACAGACACACACUGGUACAGCGGGGAUACCUGCGACUGGGGCAUCCAGAAGAGCCUGGUGUACGGGCUCGUGGGAGCCGGGGUGGCAGUACUGCUGCUGAUCCUCGUCAUCCUGGGCGUGUUCUCCUUCCGCUUCAGAAGAGAGGCCAACAGGCAAAGGUCCAGAGUGUCUCAGCUGCAGAGGUGGAAUGAGGAGGAGGGCCGGGAAAGCCCUGGAUCCUUCCACAACGUCGGUUUCGACCACAACGAAGAACGAGAAGACUACGUCCACUUGGACUCCAUGUACAGCAACUUCGAGGCCUCCCUAAGACAUAUAAACCCUGAAAGAAAGAUCCAGAUUCAGAGGCCCCAGGUGGUCAUGACAUCACUGUAAACACCACCACGAAAGCGGUUUCGCAUGGAUCCGUGGAGCUGAGGGCUGAGGAGAACCCCACUGGGUCAAGCAUGGUGGCACACGCCCUCCAUUGAGAACUCCCCAUGGGGGACUUAUGGGAAAUAGACCCUGUAGUUGGCAAGACUGAAUAAGAGAGAGACAAGAGUGAUGGAAGGUCAAACAGUGUGGAAAGUGCAAUGGGCAUGUCAUGAUGGUGGGCGAUGCCUCCCGGAAUCCCGUGUCCAGAGAUGUUCUGCUCCUGAGCCGGAUUCAGCACCAAGGACAGUGCUGCC